AUGAUCUGUUUGUUGAAUCCGUCGACCAGAGAAUACAAGAAAAUAUCGAUACCAACAUCGAUUCGUAACAAAGCCUAUAAAGGUUUUACUGGAUAUGGGGUUUGUUACGAUUGGAAAAUUGAUGACUACAAGUUGGUCUUAAUAGUAGCUGAACUUUAUGAUGAUGAUGAUGAUGAGGAUGUUAGUUCCGAUUCUUCGGAAGCUUUUGUUCAUAGGUUAGGUUCAAAUUCAUGGAAUAGCAUUGGACACAUACCUUAUAAUCAAUGUCAUAAUGAUGCUCCUUUGAGGCCUUUGAAUGGAAUUAUGCAUUGGAUAGGAAUAUCCAAAGUUAUAGUUUCGUUUGAUAUAGUUGAAGAGAGAAUCAAAGAAAUCCAAAUACCCAGUUGUUGUUUAGAUGAUGAAUCGUACUCGUUUGAUGAUAUGGAAGUGCAUGUUCUUGGAAAGGACCUUCACCUAUUAGUUAAUGCUACAUUUCGUAAGAACAAUAUCGAUCUUUGGGUGAUGAAAGAUUAA